GUCAGGCACUGACGGCUCCAUAGAAUUCAGUUUCUGAGAACCAGCCAGAAGCAUGCAGUGACAUUGCAUAAUCCUCCUCUGAAGCCAGAGAUAUUAGCCGUAGCGCUCGGAGGAGCCGCUUCACAUCCCCGACAUGAAAGGGACGGGAGUCAUGGAUGGCGCGCCCAAGACACUCCUGGCCAGGGCACUUUAUGACAACUGCCCCGACUGCUCUGAUGAGCUGGCUUUCUGCAGAGGGGACAUCCUGACCAUUCUGGAGCAAAAUGUACCGGAAAGUGAGGGCUGGUGGAAGUGUUUGCUCCAUGGGAGGCAAGGCCUGGCCCCCGCCAACCGCCUCCAAAUCCUCACAGAGGCUGCUGCAGACAAGCCCUGCACCGCAUUCCUGCAAGGCCUGGGAGAAGCUCUCGCCAGCUCAGAGAUCUACCAGGUGCCCACCCUGCUCCACCCACCCCCACUAGGCCCCGUCUACGAGAAGAUGAAGAGCUGGGUGGAGGAACCCCUGUCCCCCAUCGCCCAAGUCUACGAAUUCCCCAACCCACCUACCAGUGCCAGAAUCAUCUGCGAGAAGACUCUAAGCUUUCCGAAACAGGCCCUCUUCACGCUCCCCAGACCUGCUCGGGCCUCGCUGCCAACUCUGCCUUCCCAGGUAUACGAUGUGCCUGCCCAGAGCCGGGUCCUCUCAGCCCUUAAGGAGCCAGACAAGCAGCAGUUAUACGAUAUUCCAGCCAGCCCUCAAAAGGCAGCAGUCCACCCCCGGGCCAGCCAAGGAAGCGAACAGAGUGUUCUCCUUACCCCAAUGAGUGCCUUAAAAGGAGGAGGCCACAACACAUUACCAAAUCCUCAGAAAUCAGAAUGGAUUUAUGACACUCCAGUGUCUCUGGGAAGGGCGAAUGUCAGAAACACAUCUCUAGCCAGCUCUGCAGAAGAUUCGGGGCUUCAUGCUGUUCCCGGUUCUGGCUCACCUUUCCACAAUCCUCCAAGUAGCAGAGACAGGUCCCUCACUCCACAGCUGAAUGUGCCCAUGCAGAAAAAACUCAGUCUUCCAGAAAUUCCUUCUUAUGGCUUUCCAGCACACAGGGACACGGUCCCUUUGGAUGAAGGUGUCAGCUACAAGGUUCCUUCCAGCUUUCUGAUCCCCCGAGUGGAACAGCAGAACACCAAGCCCAACAUUUACGACAUCCCUAAAGCAAUGCUGAGUGUCCCUCUUGCUGGGAAAGAUCUGGGGAAAGCCAAUGAGGUUUCAGAGAAUUCCAUGGGCUGUAGCUCCCCAUGCUUCUCCAGACAGACAGCUUCCCUGUCUCCUGAAGAGGACAGAUUAUCUGUCUCCAGUUCUGACAGCAGAGCUAGCGUUGUUUCUUCAUGCUCUUCCACAUCCACUGACUCCUCCUCCAGCUCUUCCUCAGAGGAGUCAGCAAAGGAGCUCUCCUUGGACCUGAACUUGGCCAAGGGGACAGUGAGGGCUCUGCAACACAAGGUGGUCAGCUCUACAGCAGGUCUGCUGCUCUUUGUAAGCAGGAAGUGGAGGUUCAGGGACCAUCUGGAGGCCAACAUUGAUGCAAUCCGCAGGGCUGCUGAUCACAUAGAAGAGUCUGUAAGAGAAUUUCUGGAUUUUGCCCGAGGAGUCCGUGGGGCUUCCUGUAAUCUCACUGACAGCAACCUUCAGACCAGAAUCCAGGAUCAGCUACAGACAAUCUCCAACUCCUACCGGAUUCUGCUUGAAACAAAGGAAAGCCUGGAUAACUGCAAUUGGUCCCUGCAAGUCCUCGUGACUGACAAAGUCCAAAACAGCCCAGAUGACCUUGAGAGGUUUGUCUUGGUAGCACGAAUGAUUCCAGAAGACAUCAAGAGAUUUGCCUCCAUUGUUAUUGCCAAUGGGAGACUCCUUUUUAAGCAGAACUAUGAAACAGAAUCUAAGUGUGAAAAAUGCAUCCAGCCUCCCCAAAGAGAAAUUGAAUCAUACCAAAGGAGUACUCCUUUUACUAAGCAGAGGGAAAAUGAACACUCCCCUGAACUAUUAAAGAAAAACAGGACAAAUGCCUGCGGACAGAGGUUGCCUAACCUAGAAGAGAAAAGAAAACCCAUCUUGGAACAAAGGUUAGAUGAAAACAAAGACUUAGGAGCAAUGAAUCCUAUCUCUCUAAUACCUCAACCUUUGAGUCAGCAGACUCCUGAGAAGAAAAUCCACCUUUCUGAACACUGCCGGCUCUAUUUUGGGGCACUCUUCAAAGCCAUCCGGGUAUUUAACAGCAGCCUCAGCAACAGCCAGCCCCCAGAGACUUUCAUCACUCAGAGCAAGCUGGUCAUUACAGUGGGGCAGAAGCUGGUGGACACGCUGUGCAAGGAGACCCAGGAGAGGGACGUGCGCAACGAGAUCCUCUGCAGCAGCAGUCACCUGUGCAGCCUGCUCAAGGACCUCGCGCUGGCCACCAAGAACGCAGUGCUCAAGUACCCAAGCCCUGUAGCCCUGGGGCACCUCCAGGCCGAGGCUGAGAAGCUGGAGCAACACACACGGCAAUUCAGAGGGACACUGGAAUAAGGACUAUCUAUCUCCUACUUCCUCUGCUAAUCUCUUAGCUUCACAUCCACAACCUGCACAACUCUGUCCUGUGCGAAAAGGCAGCCAGGGCAUACGAUGGCCUAAAACAGACACGACGCCUAAAGCUGGUAUUAUCAAGUGGCUUAAGUAACCCCAGGACAUUGACUUACCCCACAGGGGGUCAGGAAAGAGAGUCAGAUAUUAAAUAAAGACCUUGUGAAGUUUAGCAUAUCAUGAAGAGUAUGUAGUGUCAGUGUUUGAAGUGAUGUCACUAGAAAUAAUUUUUUACAUUAAUAUUAAUAUAUAUAGUGCAUGUUUUAAAUUCAUUCAACACUUAUUUAUUGGGUGCCUACUAUAUGUCAAGUUCUAGGUGCUAGAGAUAUAGCAGUCGUGCCCUCUUGGAAUUUACAAUCUAGUAGGGGAGUCAGGCAGUAAAUUGAUGAAGAAAUACAUGUAUAAUAUAUCAGGUACUAGGGGCCGGGCAUGGUGGCUCAUGCCUGUAAUCCUAGCACUGUGG